AACAAAGGAUGAGGCAUUCGCUAUCCACCAUUCAUCCAAGAUAAUAUGUUUGGGGAAAAGGAAAACACACACACACACACACAUACUUUAACACCUCUAUCUCAUUCUCAUCAUUUCACUCUUAUUUUUAUCAUUAUCAUUAUUGUACCAACAUCACAAACACAAACAAAGAAGCAUAAGCACAACAAUGGCACUGAGGAUGUGGGCUUCUUCAACUGCCAAUGCUCUCAAAAUCUCUUCUUCUGCUUCAAGAUUACAUCUCUCCCCUCCUUUUUCCAUCUCCAGAUGUUUCUCUAGUGUCUUGGAUGGACUCAAGUACACAUCUUCACAUGAAUGGGUUAAGCAUGAAGGCUCAGUAGCCACAAUUGGCAUCUCUGACCAUGCUCAGGACCAUCUUGGAGAGGUUGUGUUUGUUGAGCUUCCAGAACCUGGUGGUUCAGUUACAAAGGGUAAUGGUUUCGGAGCAGUUGAAAGUGUUAAGGCAACAAGUGAUGUAAACUCUCCAAUUUCUGGUGAGAUUGUUGAGGUUAAUGAUAAGCUCACUGGAAAACCUGGCCUGAUCAACUCAAGCCCAUAUGAAGAUGGAUGGAUGAUCAAAAUAAAGCCAAGUGAUCCAUCUGAAUUAGAAUCAUUGUUGGGUGCAAAGGAGUACACAAAAUUUUGUGAAGAAGAAGAUGCUGCACAUUGAACUUAAUUUGAAAACAUUAUGGGACUGACUGUUUUUUCAUAUAUGUACUAUGAUCUUGUUAUCUACUUUCUUCAAGUGCAAUAGAAUUGCUUCAAGUUAUUGUUUUUUUCAUGCUA